AAAAGAUACUUUUGUUCGCAGCAACCAUGAAAUUUCUGCUGAUCGUCGCUUCGGUCAUCGCCGUGGCCGUCGCUGGCCCGACCCGCGCCAUUGUCACCCCCGGCAGUGGCUCCGCGCCCAUCGUGGAUGCCGAAUCCCCCAUCAUCGCUGGACCCGUCGUGGUUGAGAGCCCCAUCUCUGUCGGACCUGCCCUGAUUGAGAGCCCCAUCUCUGUUGGACCCGCUCUGGUUGAGAGCCCCAUUUCCGUUGGACCCGCCUUGGUUGAGAGCCCCAUUGUUGAGAGCCCCGUCGUCGUUGAUACCCCCAUCGUCGGUGUGAGCCCCGUCUUCGUCGAGCACCCCAUCGUUGUUGAGAGCCCCGUCGUCGUCGACACACCCAUCGUCGCUGAAAGCCCCGUCUUCGCCGAGGUCCCCAUUGUUGUUGACGCCCCCAUCGUGAACCCCAGUCCCGCUGGUGUUGCUGCCAUCGAGGCCGAGUCCGUCUCCUCUGCCGCUGCUCCCCUGGUUCAGAUCAUCCUGAACAUCAACCAGGCUGCCGCCCCUGAGGCCCCCGCUGUCGUGCCCUCUCCCAUCAUCGUCGAGGAGUCUCCCAUCCUUGCCGAGCUCCCCGUCGUGGUCGAUACUCCCGUCGUGGCCCCUGAGCCCGUCCUGGUCGUCGAUACCCCAAUCGAGGCACCCAUCGUGAUUGAGCCCCAGCCCAUCGAGCUGCCCACCCCCGUGCUACCCGCUCCCGUCGAGGUCGCCCCCGUGAUCACCCUCCCCGACAUCCUUAAUUAAGCACAGAAGAGUUGUUGUUUAAGUAAAAAAGUGUUAGAUCCUUUUACCUUGCCGCAGUGGCUGUAAACUGUGCCGAGUGAUACUAAUGUAAAUAAACACUUUAUUUUCUA